AGUCACAAUAUAAAAGUUGAUCGUGUUGGGUAGAAUGGGGUAGAUACUACACAUUUUCUGAUAUUCAUAUCAUCUGACGAAACAAUGCCCGCCAAUUACGAUUUCACUGACAAACGUAUACUUGUCACAGGAGCAAGUCAAGGAAUUGGAAAAGAAAUCUGCCUUUCGUUGGCCAAAGCUGGAGCGCAGGUUAUUGCAUUCGCGAGAAAUGAAGCAAAUUUGUUGAGUCUUGUCAAAGAGACUACUUCUUUGAGAUAUACAAUAAUUCCAAUUGUUGGAGAUGUGAGUGCCAAUGAAGAGGUCCUUUUCAAACUUAUCGUACCACAUUUCCCAAUUCAUGGUCUUGUAAAUAAUGCUGGAAUUGCAACAAAUCAUGCAAUUGGACAAAUUACUCAACAAUCAAUUGAUAGAACAUUUGCAGUCAACGUAAGGGGACCUAUUCUCAUUGCACAAUUAGUUGCUAGAAACUUUGUGGAUAGACAAAUCAAAGGAUCAAUUGUUAAUAUUUCAUCACAAGCAGCCAUUCGUCCAUUGGAUAAUCACACUGUUUAUUGUGCAUCAAAAGCUGCUCUUGAUAUGGUCACAAGAUGUCUUGCAAAUGAAUUGGGAUCCCAGAAUAUUCGAGUUAAUAGUGUCAAUCCAACUGUUGUGAUGACUGAUAUGGGAAGAGAUAACUGGAGUGAUCCUGAUAAGAAGAAGAAGAUGCUCGACAGAAUGCCGAUCAAACGUUUUGCUGAGGUUGACGAAGUUGUGAAUGCUGUCCUUUUCCUUCUUUCAGACAAUGCUUCAAUGACUACUGGAUCCACUUUGCCUGUCGAUGGAGGAUUUUCGAAUAACUAAAGUUUUUAAUUUUAAGAUUGAGACGAUGUAUAUAGGUGAACAAUAAAUACAUUUAUUUACAAGAA